AUGGACCAACUUUCUCCCUCCUGGGGAACUAAUAGCAAUACUCUCAAUACCCCCAGUCAGGUUUCAUUAAAUUCAAAUAGUGCUAUCUCUUCGGGCGAGUCUAAUCAAAACGAAAAAGUUAUUCAGCCACAAUCUCCAAACGUUUUCAAAUUAUUCUUUGUGCAAUUAUGGAUUAUGAUAAAGAGAAAUUUUAUUUUACAAAUUCGAUAUCGUAAAUCGACAAUAUCUCAAGCAAUCGCAGGGCCAUUUAUGUUCUUGCUGCUUUUAUUUAUUCUGCAAAAAGCCGAUAACGUGGUUCAAAAAAAAGCCUAUUAUCAUCCAAAAUCGUAUCCACUUUUGGGAGUAUUACAAUGUCAGGGACGCCAUGAAAGUUCUCCUUGUAUAAAUGUAAUGUACACACCAGAGAAACAUAAAGAUAUAAUGCAAGCUUUUUCGACAAACAAUCAAAAAAGAACGGGACAAUCAAUGCCGCUAGAAGAUGUUAAAUUAGAUCUUACUACGCGUCCAGAUAAGAAAUUGGGGAUUGUUGCAGUUCCUGAUGCCACAUUCAUUUACAACUAUACUUUAAAUAAUCCAAAUGUUACAUUGUUUGGUAUUGAAUUUACCAUUGAAGAUGGACCGCCAACCAACUAUCGAUAUCAAAUUUGGUUUAAUAGCACUCAGACAAAUAAUAAUUCAGAUGUUUUCAAUGAACAACUACUAUCCUUUCAACGGGGUAUUGAUGAAGCAAUUGUAACCGUCGCGACAAAUUCUUCACCUGGGUCAUCGAAUUCACCUGCCAUGAAUCUUCAAUUAAAGGAAUGGCCUAUUGUCCCGCCCAAAACCAUCACUGAUCAAAUGGUCGCAAACCUCGGAGCUUUAUUCUUCUUUUGUGCUGAGAUGGUUAUUUUUAUCUCAAUAUUGAACACUGUAGUUGCUGAAAAAGAGGCAAAAUUGGCAGACAGUUUAGUUAUGAUGGGCUUAAAGAAAGAAGCUUAUUGGUUGGCAUAUUUUGUUUCUAAUGGAUGGCUCAUUUUAGUCUGCUCAUUGGUUAUUUGUAUCUUCGGUUUGGCUUUCGAUUUUGCCGUCUUUCGGCACACCAACUUCUUGGUAUUACUGAUUACUUUUAUCCUAUUUGGUCUUGCUAUGGUUACUCUUGCCUUUUUCAUCACUACCUUCUGUCGUACCGCUCGAGUCGCAGUCCUAGUCGGUAUUUUCUUAUUCAUUAUCGGCCUUAUUUUCCAAUCAUUCGCAUUCUCAAAUGCAUAUAUUGGCUAUAUUUGGUGGGAUAAAAACACAAGCAAAAUUGGAUGGAUAAUUCUAAUUUUCAUUCCCUUCUUCAACUUUGGCAAAAUUUUCUUGGAUAUGUCACAAUUAACCACCGGAAAAUACGAUUACUUGACCGACACAUUCGCUCCCGGACCUGGAUUCAAAUGGGGUGACCUUUACAAUCCAUUAACUGAUAAAUAUCUUCCAUCUUAUGAUGCUGCCGGCCGUAAACCUGAUGUGCCAGCUCCAGUUCAAAGUUGGUAUUUGUUACUCAUGAACAUUGUCUUAUAUCUCUUCCUUACCUGGUAUUUCGAUAAAGUUAUUCCUGAUGAAUUCGGUACACGUCGUUCACCUUUGUUCUUUUUGUCGCCAAAAUAUUGGGGAUUGAGGAUCUCAAAAGGUUAUACGAUGCAAUCUUGGUUGCAAAAAUAUCAAAAAGCUGCUGUUGAAUCUCAUGAGGGCGAAGAUACGGACGUUGCAGCUGAACGAAAUGCGACAUUUGACACUGAUAAUGACGCUGUUCUUCGAAUUGCCAAUUUACGUAAAGUUUUUCGACAUUCAAUGUUCUAUACGAGUAAGCUUGAUAAAGUUGCCGUAAAUGAUCUUUGUUUGACUUUAAAGGAGGGAAAAUGUCUUGCAUUACUUGGACAGAAUGGUGCAGGAAAGAGUACAAGUAUGAACAUUUUAUCGGGGAUGACACCAGCAACAUCAGGCGACGCUUUAAUGUAUGGUCUAAGUGUUCGUGAAGAUAUAGAUUCAAUUCGCAAAAUUAUGGGAGUUUGUCCGCAACAUGAUCUUCUUUUCAAUGAUCUCACAGCUCGUGAACAUAUUGAACUUUAUGCUGGUAUUAAAAUGGUCCCGCGCGAAGAAAUUGAAACAUUAGUAAAUGAGAGAUUAGCCGCUGUACGUCUUACCAAAGUAGCAGAUAAAUUCGCUGGAACAUAUAGUGGUGGUAUGAAACGUCGUUUAAGUAUGGUAGUAUCAACAAUUGGUGAUCCACAAAUUAUAUUUAUGGACGAACCAACGACUGGAAUGGACCCCGUAAAUCGACGUCAUGUUUGGAGUUUCAUUGAGAAUUUCAAACGAGGGCGUGUCAUUAUCUUGACGACACAUUCUAUGGAGGAAGCUGAUGUGUUAGGGGAUCGUAUUUGUGUAAUGGCUCAUGGACGUCUACGUGCACUAGGAAAUGCCAUUCAUCUAAAGAAUAGAUUCGGUGCAGGUUAUCGUGUUUCAUUGGUCACACAUCCAUUAGAUUCUUCACGUGCGAAACAAUUGAUCGAACAACAAGUACCAGAUGCUGUAUUAGAAGAUGAUUCAGCUGGUGCAUUAAUAUAUGAAUUACCAAUGUCUGCAUUACCCUCUUUACCAGCACUAGUCAGAUGGUUUGAAGAGAAUCGAGAAUUGAGCUCGGUGGAAGAAGGAAAACCUAUGAUUAGUUCAUGGGGUGUAAGUCAAAAGGGAUUGGAAGAGGCUUUCUUGAAACUGUAA